AUGGCGAACAGGGAGAGCAGUGAUGGACCUUUUGUAGCAUAUACGUUGGCGUUGACGCAGAGUGUGCGUUCUAGUUUGGUGCUCGUGCGUGACGCCGCAGCGGAGCUCGCCGUACGCAUCGGUUGCCUCUUGUGUGAACCCAGUGACGGUGCCAGUGGAAACGCUAACUCGGGCCUCAGUCCGCUGAAGAAGCAUUCGCGCAACUAUGCGACGGCUCAGCGGGUACAGCGUGAGGCGGAGUCGCUGAAGCUGACCUGCGACGCUAUUUUCCCCGAGGUGGAGCAGCUGUUGGCUGUUGUGGCGGGGGAACCAUCUUUGUCGCUUUCUGACGCAGCUUUGAGCGUGGAUGCGAAGGACUUUGCGAACUGCUCGGUGCUGCACGCCACAGGGAACGUCGAAGCUGCUGGAUGCGGAUGUUGCGGGGCACGGCGCCGUUCCCCGCUUGUGGGACGUGGCUGGGGCGGUGCCUAUGGUUGCCCCGGCAACGGCUACGAGUCACUGCUGUGCAUCCUCUGGCGUUUGCUGCAGCGUCUUGAGGUCGAGACAGCACUCACCAACCAGGAAGCGGCAGAGCGUCGUGCGCGUCAGCGUUCGUUGCGACGUUCGCCGCGGCUGGUGGCGAACAGCGGCUACGGGCUCUCGGGCGGUGCUGAUGAGCGUCCGAGCCAAGCGACAGCGCCCAGCGUGAACUGGCGAGAGCUAGAAAGGCGCUGGCUUGCACCGCAUUCGAGUGCUAACCAGCUGACGCCGUUGGGUCGCCUAACUGGUCAUCAUUUGCAACUGAAGCAGUUCUAUGCGAUGAUCCACCUAGCCUGUCGUUGUGUGCGACAGAGCGAUGUUGGGCGAACGCUAUUCGUCCCGAUGAGUGCCGAGUUCGAUCAUCGGGUUUGGGCGCCCGUUGUGAAGCUGGACAGUUUUCAGGGAGUUCAUUUCGGUUUUCAGUACAGUCGUGAAAUGCGGACGGUGCUGCGUAUUGUGCAAGUUAUUCGCAGUGCAGUGCGACGUGCAGUAGCCAGCGAAUACUUUCGAAGAAGCGCUUUCGCUCGCAAACUAGCAUUCUUUUCGUGGGGAUGGUUCUAUAUUCAUAUGGCGCUGCUGGAGAACUAUGGGUACAGCACGAGCAUGGCCCAACAGAUUGUAGAGAAGCUGGCAAGCGCGUUCGGAGCGAGCCUGUCGACAGUGGAGCGACCAGCAGGUCGUCGCGAGGCUGCAGAUACCCCUGAAGUGGCAGCGCGCUCACCUGUCGUGAGCCUUGACGAGGCACGCAUGUUCUUCAAUCUUUCAGAGGAUCCUUUGUUCUUGGGAUUCGCACUUAUUCGGGACAAAGACGUUGCGCUCGACCAGUUCUUCGAAAUCGACGAUGCAGCGGAUGCAUUGAAGCGCGCGCCACACAAGAACGCGCAGCACCGAGUGCAGCGGAGCGUCGACCACUCGACCUCAUUGUCGCGCGGAGAUGCGGAAAUGUCGCCAGAAGCAGCUGCAAGUGGUACGCGAUUAAAACUGCCCGCUGCGCUGCAUGGACCGUUGAAAGCACGCCUUCUAUCGUCGGUUGUCCGUUGCGUGCAGAUCAAGUCGCAACGAACGACGGCGCCGAAUACCGCGGAGCAUAGCGCCUCUGGUACCGCGACAUGUGCAAGCGCUGCCGAAAGCUUUUCCCCAGCACCGAUGACGGAUUGCUGGCAACGUCCACACGAAAUGGACGAAACGAUUGACGCUUCCGCGGAUGCGACUGCAGCCGCGAUGAGCCCAGAUCGCUUCUGCCAGCACGCCGAUGAUCCAUGGAGAGCAUCGAACCUAACUGUAAGCGCAACCGAACCGGUUGCUGCAACUGAUGCGUCACCACGUCGCGCUGGUGCGGCGGCAACUGGACCAGAUAGCGAGUCAGGUUCGUCGGUUUGGGCAGCAGAUAGCGCAGCUUUGCAGCGGGAUACCGCUGACGCCGAUGGAGCUCUCGGAAAUGCAGCAGCAGCAGCAGCAGCAGCAGCAGCAGCAGCAGCAGCAGCAUCCAAUGGAAUCGACCGCAGCCCGCGGGCGCUUUCCACCACGCCUGCCGAGGCGGACGCUGGGGAUCCUCCACAGUCUAGCUCGCGAGCGGCACGCAGCCUCCGACGUGAGCGCUCGGGUUCACUCUUGGCAUCCGCGAUAAGCUCAUCCAUGCGAAGCAUAGGCGCUCGGAUCGAUUCGCUAUUGCGGCAUCAAGCCGACGAGGGGCUAGCGCGCUCCCUCAUUGUCUUCUUCCAUGGUGGCGGCUUUAUUGGCCAGAGUUCGCUGACCCACACCAGCCUCCUGAAACAGAUCGCUCAUGACAUUCCAGAUGCAAUGGUCGUAUCCAUGGACUAUAGAUUAGCGCCAGAAUAUCCCUACCCCACAGCGGUGAACGAGUGCUUCCAUUUCUAUAUCUGGGCUCUCGAGAACGCACAUCUUUUGGGUACGCACGCUGAACGGAUCGUUGUUGCAGGCGACAGCGCUGGCGGGAAUCUGGCGGUGGUGCUCACCAUUCUGCUUAUCCAGCACGGUCUGCGACUACCUGAUGGACUGGUGCUGGCAUACCCGGCGUUGAAUUUGACAUUGCAGUGGUCACCGUCGCGACUUUUGUCGGCUUUCGAUCCACUGCUCUCGAUCGAUCUGUUGGAGUUAAUUCUCCAGUCGUAUGUGCCGGCCGAUGUGGAUGCGAGUAGGGAUCCGUAUCUGAGCCCAUGCAUCGCAGCUUCAGAUACGCUGCUGGAGGCGUUCCCACCCGUCUACAUGGUCUGCGGUGCAUACGAUCCACUGCUGGAUGAUACGGUCGAGUUUGCGCAUCGGCUGCGGCUCGUGAAGCGCGACACCCAUUGCGAUCGAGAUGCCGUUCGGUUGCGAGUCUACGAGGGCAUGCCGCACGGUUUUCUCAGUAUGAGCAGCGCAAUCCAUGAGGCAUCUGCUGCCGUUAGCCAAGUGACCCUGUGGAUGAGCGAACUACUGCAGGUGUCGUGGGCCGGUGACCACGAGCGAAGCUGCCGCUCGGCACCGUCGUCACCGCGACUGCCGCUGCCAGCGCCGUCUGGCGCAGACGCGAGCCUAUCCACAUCGACGGAUUCGCUGCAGCACACCGAACGCUCCGGAGUCGAUCUGCAGGCCUCGAUGGACACCACGAAAGCCGCUGCUGCUCCUGCUACUACUGCCGCCGCACUCCGUCAAGCUAUGCGUGAACUCAGCGUGGCAUUUUCCGUAUCUGAAUCAAGUGACAGCGACUCGGAUGAGGAUCGUGCGGAACAAACACCGCGUUUCGCCUGA